UUUCCGGAAUGGAGGGGCUAUUGACAUUGAUUUAGAAUUUCAGAGAUCUUUGCCUUUUAUGCUUUUGUUAAUUUUUUAAAUUACUUGUUUUUACCAAGUGUUUUUAUUGCUUCAUUUGAUUCACAUUUUCCUCUCUCAAUGGAAGCUGUUCAUCUUUGACUGAUUGCUGCAGAAAAUGCAUAGAAGACCUAAAGUGAAGGCUUCUUUGCUUCAUUGUUUGAAGUUUUUCUUUAAAUUGAAUCUCUUUCUGAUUUUUGUACAGAGGCAUUGAAAUGGCAACUUGUAUACCUGUUGGAAGUGGCACACUGCAUUAUACAGUGACAGACUGCAAGAGACAAAGCUGUAAAAGGACUGCUUGGGUUUCUGAUGUGCCUAUCAAGAGAUACUUACAUAAAGAUCUUUCUUGGUCUAAAGCGGUAUCAAAGGUUCUGCAGACACACAGAUGUGAAUUUUCAGUACCAUCACUUCAUAAGAACGGGAAACACUUCAAAGUCAUUUCCUCAUGCAAGAAAGAUGGUCCUACAAAAUACUUUGACUUUGCCGUCAUUGGGAGUGGAAUUGCUGGCCUCCGCUAUGCGCUUGAAGUUGCAAAAUAUGGAUCUGUUGCGGUGAUAACAAAGGCUGAGUCUCAUGAAUGCAACACUAAUUAUGCUCAAGGUGGUGUUAGUGCUGUGCUAUGCCCUUCAGAUUCUGUGGAGAGUCACAUGAAGGACACCAUUGUGGCUGGGGCUUAUCUUUGUGAUGAGGAAAGCGUCCGAGUUGUCUGUACUGAAGGACCUGACCGAGUGAGAGAACUAAUUGCAAUGGGCGCAUCAUUUGAUCACGGGGAAGAUGGUAACUUGCAUUUAACGAGGGAGGGGGGUCAUUCACAUCAUAGAAUUGUUCAUGCUGCUGAUAUGACUGGAAAAGAGAUUGAGCGGGCUCUACUGAAGGCAGUGGUCAACAAUCCUAAUAUUUUUGUGUUUGAACACCAUUUUGCUAUAGAUCUUCUCACUUGUCAGAAUGGAUCUGAUAUAAUUUGUCUUGGUGUUGACACACUGAAUACUGAAAACCUAGAGGUGGUAAGAUUUCUUUCAAAGGUGACUUUGCUUGCGUCAGGUGGAGCUGGACAUAUUUAUCCUAAAACUACAAAUCCUCUGGUAGCCACCGGAGAUGGAAUUGCCAUGGCAUACCGAGCUCGAGCUGUGAUUUCCAACAUGGAGUUUGUUCAGUUCCAUCCUACUGCCUUGGCUGAUGAAGGGCUUCCUAUUAAACCAGCCAAGCCUAGAGAAAAUGCAUUUCUGAUAUCUGAAGCUGUGAGGGGUGAUGGGGGCAUCCUCUAUAAUCUAAGCAUGGAAAGGUUUAUGCCAUUGUAUGAUGAGAGGGCUGAGCUUGCUCCAAGGGAUGUGGUGGCAAGAAGUAUAGAUGACCAACUUAAAAAGCGCGAUGAGAAGUUUGUGCUCCUUGAUAUUAGUCACAAGCCUAGAAAGGAAAUUCUCUCCCACUUCCCCAAUAUUGCUUCUGUGUGUCUCCAGUAUGGUUUGGACAUAACUCGUCAUCCAAUACCAGUUGUUCCAGCUACUCAUUACAUUUGUGGAGGAGUUCAUGCUGGGCUCCAAGGAGAGACAAAUGUAAAGGGUCUAUAUGUAGCUGGUGAGGUUGCAUGCACAGGUUUGCAUGGAGCAAACAGGCUUGCUAGCAACUCAUUGCUUGAGGCACUGGUUUUUGCAAGAAGAGCUGUUCAGCCCUCGGUUGAUCAAAUGAAGAGCUCUAGCCUUGAUCUGAAUGCUUCAAAUUUGUGGCCUAGACCAAUUGUGCCUUUGUCACUUGGAAGUAAUGUCAUUGACAAAAUUUCAUCAAUGACAAAGGAAUUGAGGAAAGAACUACAAUCUAUCAUGUGGUACUAUGUAGGAAUUGUUAGGUCCACAAUGAGACUAGAGACUGCUGAGCAAAAAAUUGGUAAUCUAGAGGCUAAAUGGGAAGAGUACUUAUAUCAGCAUGGUUGGAAACAAACAAUGGUGGGGCCUGAGACAUGUGAAAUGAGAAACCUCUUUUGUUGUGCAAAGCUGGUUAUUAGCAGUGCACUUUCUAGGCAUGAGAGCCGUGGACUACAUUACACCAUUGAUUUUCCUCAUCUUGAGGAAAGUGAGAGACUUCCAACAAUCAUUUUGCCAAGUUCACAUUUAAACAGUACAUGGAGUUCUCGACAAUUACACAAGCAGCCCAUGUACCAUUAAGUCUUCAAGUUCUUCCAUUACAUAAUAAUACGGAACUCUGAUUGAAAUCUAGCAAAAUCCAUUGGCUAGAAUCUAAUAUUCUUGAUGUCUUCCCUCUUACCCUUAUAGUUUUCUGAUUCAUUGUUUAAAUAUAACAAGAAAUAUGUUCACUCUAGGUAAUUUUUGUCAAUCUCCCCACAGCUGUAGCAGUUUCACGUUGUGAUCAAAUAAUCUCAACAUUUGAAUACUUUUAUUUUGGAA